AUGGGCAAACGCAAAAAGUCAUCCCGCAAGCCUACAGGUCCUCGCAGACGCGAACCUUUGGAGUCGACGUUCACCUGCUUGUUCUGCCAUCAUGAUAAAUCUGUAAGCGUUCGCAUGGACCGAAAAGAGGGCAUCGCCCAGUUGUUCUGCAAAGUAUGCGACCAGCGAUUCCAGAGCAAGGUUAACCACUUGACGGAACCAAUUGACAUCUACUCUGAAUGGAUCGAUGCGGCGGAUGCAGCUGAAAGACAAGCA